AUGGAUGUUGAUAGCGAUAGUGAUAGUGAGAUUGAUAGUCAUAGUGAGACUAACUCGUAUGACGACAUGGACGCCUUGUUGAAUGAUAGAUUUAGGGAUGUGGCACAAGCUGAAGGGAUAAAAGAAGGUAUGAAUGAAGAUGCAAAGAAAUUCUAUGAUUUGGUUGAAGAGGCUAGCAAAGAACUGUAUCCCGAUUGCAAGGGAUUUUCUACGUUGUCUUUCACCAUCCCCUUAUACUUGUUAAAGUGUCAACAUGGGUGGAGUAAUGCCUCUUUUACUUCUCUCUUGGAGUUGCUAAAAGAGGCUGUUCCUAACUUAAAUAUUCCAACUUCUUUCAAUAAAGCCAAGACUAUGGUGAGAGACUUAGGUCUUGACUAUAAGAAGAUUGACGCAUGCCCGAACGAUUGCAUGCUAUAUUGGAAAGAGUACGAGAAGGACACAUCUUGUCAUGAAUGUGGCGCUUCUCGUUGGAUUGUACAUCCUGUAGUUGAAGCUGAUGUUUUGCCUUCAAGAAAAUCUCACAAUAUUCCUGUGAAGACAUUGCGACACUUUCCCCUAAUUCCCAGGCUUCAAAGACUAUUCAUGUGCUCAGCAACAGCUAAAAGCAUGAGGUGGCAUGACGAAGAACGCAGAAAAGAUGACAAGUUAAGGCAUCCCGCUGACGGCCAGUCAUGGAAGGAGUUUGACAAUCGUCAUACAAAUUUUGCUCUCGAUACCCGUAAUGUGAGACUUGGCUUGUCAAGUGACGGAUUCAAUCCAUAUCGAACCAUGAGCAUAUCUCAUAGCACGUGGCCUGUUGUUUUAAUGGCUUAUAAUUUGCCGCCAUGGAUGUCUAUGAAACAGGAAUACUUUAUGUUGUCGUUGCUAAUCCCUGGACCAAAGUCACCAGGAAAUGAUAUAGACAUUUACUUGCAACCUUUAAUCGAGGAGUUGAAGGAGUUGUGGGAGGUCGGGGUGGAAACAUAUGAUGCAUCAAAAAAUGAAACCUUCCAAAUGUAUGCAGCUCUCAUGUGGACAAUAAGUGAUUUUCCGGCUUAUGCAAUGCUAUCUGGUUGGAGUACAAAAGGGAAGCUAGCUUGUCCUUGUUGUAACCAUGGGACUUGUUCUAACUAUCUUAAAUAUAGUCGCAAAACAUGCUACAUGGGUCAUCGUGCCUUUUUGCCUGAGGAUCAUCCAUGGAGAGCUAACAAGAGAUCUUUCAAUGGAAAAGUAGAACAUAGGCAAGCUCCACCAUUAUUGUCGGGUACUGAAGCUUUAAGUCAGUUGGAGUAUGUGGAUAAUUUGUUUGGGAAGCUAAAACCAAAGAAAGAUGGUCCAUGGAAGAAGAGGUCAAUAUUCUUUGAUUUACCUUAUUGGCAGUAUAACACAUCACGACACAAUUUAGAUGUGAUGCACAUAGAAAAGAACAUAGUUGAUAGUAUUCUUGGAACUCUCUUGGAUAUUUCUGGCAAGACAAAAGAUCACACAAAUGCUCGAUAUGACUUGCAAGAAAUGGGCAUUCGAAAGAACCUUCACCCCAAGAAAACAAAUGGUAGGAAAAAGGUUAAGCUGGCAAAGGCAUGCUACUCAAUGACCAAUGCUGAAAAGUCGAUUUUUUGUGACGUCUUGAAGACAGCAAAGUUGCCAGAUGGCUCUGCUUCAAAUAUUUCUCGGUGUGUGAACCUUUUGGAGAGAAGAAUAUCUGGUUAUAAGACUCAUGAUGCUCAUUUCAUUCUUCACUAUUUGUUACAAAUUCCUAUUAAAGGAAUACUUCCAGAUCAAGUUGCAGUUCCUUUGAUUCGACUUGGCUCAUUUUUCCGUCAAUUGUGUCAAAAGUCUAUCACAUUACAAGAGAUAGAUCAAUUAGAAGAGGAUAUUGUCACAACAUUAUGCCAAUUAGAGAGGAUCUUUCCUCCUUCUUUCUUCGAUAUAAUGAUUCAUUUGCCUAUUCAUUUGGCUAAUGAAGUGAGAUUGGGAGGUCCAGUUCAAUUUCGGUGGAUGUAUCCUCCCGAAAGAUACAUGUGUACUUUGAAGUCCUAUGUUCGAAACAGAAGUCGUCCUGAAGGAUCUAUUGCAGAGGCAUAUUUGGUUGAAGAAUGUUUGACAUUUUGCUCGCGUUACUUACAUUCUGGUGUCCAAACAAAAUUGAAUAGACAACCCAGAAAUAAUGAUGAACCUAAUAAUUCUAUGAUGGAAACUACAGAUGCAUUUUCGAAUCUAUUUCCAAAAAGAGGUGUUCCUUUGGGUGCAAAGAAAGGUGAACCUUUUCUCCUUGACGACAAGUCUCGAGAGCAAGUUCAUAGCUACAUAUUAUUGAAUUGUCACAAAAUAGACGACUAUGUUAGUGAGCAUGAGACUUAUCAACAAGGAACACGAUGGAUGAGAGCUAAAAACCAUAGCAAAAACUUUCCUACAUGGUUUAAAACACGUGCUUUACGGCAUGAUGUUCCAAAUUGGAUAAAAGAGCUAUCUAGAGGACCAACCCAAUGUGCAAAAAGAUAUUCUGGUUAUUUUAUCAACGGUUAUAGAUUUCACACUAGGCAACGUGAGGUAAGACGCAAGACACAAAAUAGUGGUGUUACUUUAGUAGCAUUAACGACAAGCUUUGCAAGCACAAAGGAUGCAAAUCCAAUUCAUGAAAAUGUUUCUUAUUAUGGUAGAGUGAAUGAUAUCAUUGAGUUGGACUACUAUGGAAAUUUUAAGGUUACAUUGUUCAAAUGUGAUUGGUAUGAGGCUAGGGAGGAUGCUUAUGGCUCGACAUAUGUGCAUUUUAACAAAAAGUGCUAUCAGGAAGAGCCUUUUGUAUUGGCAUGUCAAGUGCACCAAUGCUUCUAUGUGCAAGAUGCAUUUGAUAAAAAUAAACAUUAUGUAAUGAAGACUGUUCCAAGGGACCUAUUUAGCAUAAGUGAUCAAGUUGCCAUUGAUGUUGAAGAUACUUAUGAAAAUGAGCCAUUUGAUAAUUCGACGGUUCCUUCUAUACCUAAUGAUGAUGGUGAAGUAGACUUGGUAAGGAAUGAUUUGAAUGAAGUUCUGGUCGAUGUUGCAAAAGAAGUCUAUUUUUCCCAAGAGUAUAACACAGGAUCGGAUGAAGAAUAUGAUUCCGAAGACUUUUGA